GUGCCUUCCCAUUUUCCCAAAGACUUGUUUGCAUCAAACAUAAUUGGCUGUGGUUAUUAUAAUGAGCUGCUCCUUUGCUUGGCUGUGGUUCAGUAGUCAAGUCAAGUCAAGUCACCUUCAUUUAUGUAGAGCUUUUACAAUACAGAUUGUUUCAAAGCAGCUUUACAGUGAAAAUAGGAAAGUCAAAGGACAGAUAUUGUUUUGGCCUCUACAGCAACAAAAAGUUAUUAUCCAGCUAAAGUUAGUUUUUUUUUUUUUAGUUUUUUUCAUUUCUGUUGUAAAAAUCAUUAGUUAUUAACUUUAGGGGCCGCUUACACGACAUUAUAACUGAAAACAGAAACCCUUUAAUGCGUUUUGGCCGUUCAUUUGCACGACAACGGUGUUUGGAGACUUGAGAAGGGAAAUUUUGAGAUAAAGUUAUCUCCGCUGUUGAGGCAAUUUUAGCUAACUCUCGCCACCAUAAGAGACAAACUCACUCUUAGUCUUUAAAAAGGUUUUAUUCUUUGCAAAGAAGGUAAACAGUCAUACAGACACACAGGUUUCUGCAGAGUGCGACAAACGGGGAGGUGCUCCUCCACCUUCUAUCCACACUCGAGGCACUCAAGGUUACAAGAUCACAAAAACUCUCCGCAGCUGUGUUUUUCCAUACAUGAUGAGGAAGUAAAUAACAUUCUACUAUAUCAUGAGUUUGAAGCCCAUUUCUCCUUAUAUUUAGGCCUUAGAUCACCCUUCAAGUCACAAACAUACAUCUCCCCCGUCCUCAGCUCGUCUGGCUCUUAGCCCAAUAUCGCCCUAUGGAUUUUCUUGUCACCCAUACGUCUUAGGCUAAAAGCCCCAGACCCAUUUCCUUCCUCACAGCCAUAACAAAGAAUAGGUUUUGCACUACAUUUUCACGUAAACAUAUGAAAGUCAGCAUAAAAUGGCUGCUAAUCUCGCUUAUUAACUAACAUUAACAAAGAUUCAUAAAUACUAUAAUAAAUGUGUUGAUCAUUGUUCGUUCAUGUUAGUUAAUACAUUAACUAAUGUUAAUAAAUGACACCUUAUUGUAAAGUGUUACCAUUAUUAUUAUAUUUUUUUGUGUUAUUUGAGGUCUGGAAACACUCUUUUUUCGUUAUUUGGACCAGUUGUCAGCAAAUAAAUGCUAAAAAUGAUCCUCCUUGUUUUCACCUUGAUUUGACAAGAGUGUGUAAUUUCCCUAAUAUAAUGACUCACUGGAAACUGCAGAAAGUCGUCUGGUUUUACCUGUUGUGUGACUGAGGAAACCAGGGAUCGUCCACUUCAUGUGAAAAUUCCUCCCAGUCUAAUAUUCUUGUGAAAGGGACAUAAUGUAGUCAUUUUCAGUUAUGUACCUCCAGGCCUGAAAUGCUGUUAACAGACAAAUCUUAAAAGAUCAUUGACUGUUCUGCUAUUGGAAGUAUUAAUAGUGUUUACUGUACAUCUCACACUGUGGCCAUAUACAGGUGCCUAUGUAAGUAGGUUAGAAUAAUGAAAUCACAUGCAGAUCUUUUCUCUGAUAAGACCAUCAAUUUCAUAAGCAGUGCAAUACAACAUCAGUGCAUAGCAUGAUGUUUAAAGAUAGAUAUCAUAUUAGUCAGUGUUCUUUUAUCACAAAAUCAAAAUUAAGCGAACAAGUGAAUUUUAAACAGUUUCACUACUUCAAGCAUUUAGCGGAUGUUGCUAUUCAUUAAACUAUUUUUUUAAUAAAAAAUAAACAAAAACAGACCGUACUAAAUCUUAGAUUCAUAGACAAUUAAAGAAAAAAAAAACAUAAACAAACAUAGCAAGAAAAAUACCAGUUUCUAGAAAUGUAACAUUCACAGACAUUUUUUAAAAUAUAUUUAAUCCACAAUUCAUUUCCGUAUACUGGCGCUAAACAUGUAGAAGGAUGGGGGAUUAAAUGUGCAUGCCUUGUGUGUAUUUCAUGAUGCAGGUGUGAAUUAAAUUAUGAAGAAUGAUGGAUUGGAGAUUUAUUUUUAUUAUUUUUAUUUUAAAAAGUUGUGGGGACAAAAUCAACUUUAGUAAAAGGUGGUGAUGACAUGUCCCACCCACAUCCACAAAAGUCACCUAUGAAAAGCUCAGGAAGCUUUUUUUUCUGAAAAAAAAUAUGAGUCAGAGAUGAACGUAGUGGUGGGGUGGAGACAGGGAACUCUUGAUAAAUGCAGUUGUACUUGCUUUCUGACAGUGGAGAAACAGCAGUCAGAUCACAGAGCAGAACAAAAGAAUGAAGUUCAACAGUGCUUUGAGUGCUGCUGGAGUCACACUUCUCUACAUAGCCGGUAAUAUCUUACAAAAAGCCUACAACAUGACAAUAUUAAAAGUACAUUUAAUAAUGUUUGUUUCAACUGUUUAUUAACUGACAAGCCAUUUAAUUAUUAAGAACCUUUGUAAACACCCUUGACAACUAAUGUAAAAACCUUUGGAUCUAACAAUAUUUGCCUUAAACUUUUUGUCUGACCUAAGAUGAACCAAAAAAAAAAAAAAAAAAACUUUGGAUCUAAAGACCAUGGACAAAUACUUUAAAGGUGCCAUAGAAUGCAUUGAUGCAGUAUUUUAAAUUGUUCUCUGAUAUCUACAUAGAAGGUAUGUGGCUUAGGUAAGGGCAAAAAUUCUCCAGAAACAGUUUUACAUGUGCAUUUACAACCCUAGGAUUUCUCCCUAGAAUGAAACUGUCUGUUAUUGGCUUAUUUUGGAAGACUCAUGAAUAAUAAUGAGCUCUGCUCUGAUUGGCUGUUUCACAGUGCGGCUCAUUUCAGUAGCUCACAGGAUGCAAACACAGGGAGGAAAAUAUAUUUCAAUACUUUCUCUCGCAGUUAUAUCGUUGGGUAAUUAUACUGUUAUAAAAUGCGGGCAUCAGGGAGCCGCUAUUAAUAUGUGGGUCACUGAAACUGCUUUCAAAUGCACGAUGGACUUUUACUUUCACCUUUGCUUUUGAGAUUCGCGAUCGCACGAACUCUGUUUAUACUAUGGAGUGGCAGUACUUACCACACAUUUUACAAGAUCAGAUGCUUGUCAGUGGUGCUCAGGAUCUGUAAAUCUUUCGCCAUCAUCCUCAGUCAUCUCUCCUUACUCUGUUUAUGUGGUUCCCUCUGCCAGUUAGAUGUAUGUGGUCGAGUCCCUGUCAGAGGCAGGAUUGUUGGAGGAGAGGAUGCGAUGGCAGGUGUUUGGCCGUGGCAGGUCAGCAUUCAUGUCAUCGGCAUUGGCCAUGACUGUGGAGGGACUCUCAUCACUAAAGACUGGGUUUUAUCUGCAGCUCACUGCUUCCAGAGGAAUGAUGAGUCUGACACUGUGAUGUACUUCGGUCGUCGGAGCCAAUCCGGCUCAAACCUUAAUGAGGCAUCCAGGAGAGCGAGUCGAAUCAUCAACCAUCCUAAUUAUGGCAGUCCUCCUUUUGACAACGACAUAGCACUGGUCCAGCUCUCCUCCUCUGUGAAUUUCUCUGAUUACAUUCGGCCGGUCUGUCUGGCUGCUGUUAACAGUACAUUUGUUACAGGUACAGAGAGCUGGGUCACUGGAUGGGGCAAGCUGCAACCUGGGGCCACCCAGUUUCCUGAUGUACUGCAGGAGGUGAUGAUACCAGUUGUGAGUGACAGUGACUGUAAUAAGAAUUAUGGAGGAGGAUUCACGAAGAAUAUGAUGUGUGCUGGAUUGUUAAAUGAGGGAGGAAAAGGUGCAUGUCAGGGAGACUCUGGAGGUCCAAUGGUCAGUAGGAACGGCUCCUUGUGGAUUCAGUCCGGUAUUGUGAUUUUUGGUAGAAGAUGUGCUGACCCCACAUUUCCCACUGUGUUCGCCAGAGUCUCCCAGUACCAGGACUGGAUCAAGUCAUACAUGGGCUGCAACCAGCCUGGAUUUGUUGAAUUCAACAAUGACAUUCAACAAUCAACAUCCAACUCCAACUUCAGAAGCAUGCCCAACCUCCUCUUAUUUCCACUUUCUCUCACAUUCUCCAUCAUUCCUUUCUCCCUCUUUCAUGCUUCCUAAAGAUUGUUUGAACAGUAAUUCUCAGGGUUGUUUGAUGAAGAGGACAGUUCUGCAAUGCAUGCUCUCAUGAAUAUGAGAAACAGCACUUAUAUUGUUGUAUUUACCAUUCAUUCUUUAUCCUUCUAUAAAUGUACUAUUCUUGAAAAGCUCUCUUAUUGAUAUUAUAAGAUCAUAAUGAAGUUUAGCAUGCAUCUGUCCUCUGAGAUUCAGGAUCUUUGCAUAAAAAUAAAAAACAAUAUGGUCCAUCUCUACUAUUCAUUUAUUUUUAUUUUUUAUUGUUGCCAAUUAUUUUUAUGUUUAUAUGUCUGAUAAUCAAUACGCAAAACCGAUAUAUAGGGUCUGGAGAACAGGCGCCGUUUGAUGUUUCUGCCGGGUGCCCAACUCUCCCCUCCCCAAACGUGAAUGUGUGUUAAUCUUUUUUUAAUAGGGUACAACGGGGCAAAAAGCCCACCUUAAGAAAAAAUGUGCUAUUCACUGCGCCUAAAAUGUAUAAUUGCAGAAAAUAUAUAUACGUUGUAUUGAACAUUAAUGGUGCAACAGAUUUUGUGUGAAAAUAAAUCAUUCAAGUUGUUUAUUUUGUUUAAAAAUUGUAUAAAUGUAUGAAGUGGCAAGGGGGGUCUUUUACCCUACACACGGUAUUGAUACAAAUACUUCAGCUAAAAUAAUGUUUUUUAAAUAAUGUCUAAGUUAAUACUUGUUCAAAAUCACUUUACCAAAGUUUGUACUAUUUUCUGUUUAUUUUGAAAAAUGAAAAUAAAUUUUUGUUCGAUGAAUAUACUGUCAUUAAAAUGUUAAUAUAAAAAAUAUAUUUUAAAAUACAGUAAUAAAAGUAUUGAAGGAGAUCCAAUAAUAAUUGAAUGUAGAUUUACAGUAGUAACAACAAAUGAUAUUUUAUUAUAUGAUAUGAUUAAUAUCCUUUUUUUUUUUUUUUUUUUAAAUAUGAUGGUUUCAUUCUAAACAUGGUGAUUAUCUCUAAUAUGGACAACCCAACAUAAUAUAUGAUAUUCACCAUAUGAAUCUUACCAUGUCAUGUCAACAAAUGGAAAAGUCACCCAUCUAUUAAUUAUCAUGUUAAAUACUGUGCGCCUUUAGCCCCAACAGCAGGGGUGCUUUUUACCCCAAAUACCAUACUUCUUUCGUUAUUUAACAAAAAAUACCAUAAAACAAUAUUAUGUUCCAUGUUAUGAACUUUUUUGUUAUGUGCACUUAAGUUUCACUUAAAAUGAGUUUCUAAAUGAGUGCAAUAUGGCUCUUUGAUUUACCCAUUUGAAUGUAGAUAAAGCCUACUUGAGCAUCUUACAAUGCACUGAUGUUGUUGUAGUUUCAAAAUACAACAUUUGAAUAUGUUUGUAGAAAAGGCCUCAUGUACAAUGCACUGAUGUUGUUAUGCAGUUUCAAAUUACAACUAUGAACUUGUUUGAAUGUAGAAAAGCCUACUUGAGCAUCUUACAAUGCACUGAUUUUGUUAUGCUUUAAAAAACAACAUCUGAAUAUGUUUGUUAAAAAAAAAAGCCUAUUGUACAAUGCACUGAUGUUGUUAUGCAGUUUAAAAAUACAACAUAUGAACAUGUUUGAACGUAGAAAAAGCCUACUUGGGUGUCUUAAUGUGCAAAAAUACAACAUAUGGGCUCCUAUAUUGCUGUUGUGUCACUCGUAUUUGCAGGCCAUAUCUCUCCGGCCGCUCAUUUGGGAUGCUUUUCAUGAACCGGCCCCAAUGACAAACUAAUUGAAUAGCCCUUUUAUAGAAGAAUAAAACUUCAUCAGCAUGUGCUAGUGGUAAACAAGAAGAGCAUGAUAAAUCACACUUUUGUAGC